GCCGACGCCGCCAUGGGCGUCCUCUUCUUGUUGGCUCGCCGCGUGCGUGUCAACUCCGAGACGCAACUUUGAUCCGAGCGGCGGCGGCGGCGGCGGCGGGAGGAGGAGGAGAUGGCGCAGCAGAGCAAGGAGCCGUGCAAGAAGGAGGCGUGCGACAUCCAGGCCUGCCUCUCCAAGAACAUGUUCGAUUCCAAGAAAUGUGUGAGAGUUAUCCAAUUACUUCAAUCCUGCUGUGAGCAGUGCGAGUACAAAUCAACACACUGCGGUUCUUUGACUGGAUUAUUGAAAAACAUUUCCAAGUGAUGAAACAAUACAGACAUGUUUCUCUGCAGCUGUCAAAUAAAAGUUCUUUUAGGUUUGCUUAGGAUUGAGAGUGAUAACCGAGUUUCUUAUGCAUCAUGAUGACUCAGGGGGAAGUAACAAACCCGUCCUCAGCCUGAAGAAGAUGAAUGGUGUUCUUAUGGCUGAGUUGUUUUGUGCUUAAUCGGUCAACAGAUAGACGCUACUUUAAGAUAGAUACCAGUACCCCUAAUUCCUUGUAUAUGUGGUGCCCUUCAUACUACAUGCUCUUGUAGACAUGUGAUCUCAUGUUCCCUUCAAAGUAUAAUAAGUGUUCACCUGGAAUUUCAUUAAUGCACAUUAUGAUGGUGUAAGUUUUUUCAGUGCGCUGUUUUUUAUCCUUACAAUAUCUUCUACAGUAAUAAAGUUAAGUUUAGGCGAACAUCAUACAUAAAGAAGGUUUAAAAUAAAACAGUUAGUUUUUUUCUCGACCUGCCUUUCAAUCAUCUCAAAAAAUUAUCCUGUUAAGAUUGUUUUUGUUAGAUAACUGUUAAGAUUGUUAGGUAUGCUGUCAAGAAGAUAAUCUGUGAAAUUAUAUGAACUUGUGAAGUCACAA